AAGCAUAACUUAUUACAACAGUCCUGUCAUAAAUUCUGAGAGUUCAACUGAGCUUUCAUUUUCUGCAUACGGUGAAAUAACGGCAAGUUUUCCUACCUUGUUGAUUAGAAUGAAAAUGUAUUGUAAGCAUGUAUAUGAUAAUUUCAGUUCAUUUCAACCUUGAUCUUGAACUAUAUAGAAUCAUGGAGAGAAUGGCAGAGAGUCUCAAUCAUAUCUGAUAUAUCCAGCCGCCUAGCUGGCCCAGCUACCCCAUCUGCCAUUCACUCAAGUUGCUAUUGGUUCAUGAUGAAUAAAACUUUCUUCCAACUAGGCAAAACCUACUGUGGUGUGGUCUCUCUCCCUCUGUGACACGCGCAUGCACACACAAAUUCAUAAAUGCACAUCAAACAUGCGUAUAUGAUUGAGGACCAGAAGAGGGAAGACGCAAGAAGUAGUGGUCAGAUAUAGAGAGCUCAGCUCCAUCGAUCUGCUCCUAAUUCCAUUCAAUUCCUCUCUUGUGUGGCAAUGCCAGCUUGGUGGACAAGGACAAAGAACUCUCAAAGAGUUCAACGAGAUCAUAAACAGCACAACCAUGGCAAGAAGAAAGAACAAGAAGAUAAAUAUAGAAAAAAGCCAAAGAGUUUUGACGAAUCCAUACUUUUCGCUCACAACUAUUCAAGGAACAGUCUUGAUUUGAAAGCGUCUUCCCUUUCCAUCAGUGGGUCUUCCGUGUUUGCAGGUUUUGAUUCAGAUAUUGGAAUUGAGGUUGCAGAAAAGAAAGCUUACCCUUUGCCAAAACCUGCAUGUUCUCCUGAGCCAUCGAUAAAUUUCGAUAAAAAACUAGACUCUGAAGUGGCUUUGCAUUCAAGCAGCAGUUCGUCUUUAUCUUUAUCUUCUUCUAUUUCUUCCAAUGACGAAGGGGUUGAUGCUACUGUUAAUGAUCAUGGAGAUUUUGGUUCUUUCAGGGCAGUUGAAGAAACCAAUUACAACUCAUGGUUAAGAACUUCAUGUCCUGGAUCAAAGGCUUCCACUACACAGGCAUCACCUCUACCUCCAGUACUGUUGGAAUCCCCAUCUGAAAAGCAAGAAAGUCGGAGGCAUCCUUGUCAUCCAUUGCCCCUUCCUCCUGGUUAUCCUAAUAAAUCUUCCCAGAAUAUGCAGUCAAAUUGGAAGAAGGGAAAGCUUAUUGGCAGAGGGACAUUUGGCCUUGUUUAUGCUGGAUUUAACAGUGAAAAUGGACAAAUGUGUGCAAUAAAGGAAGUGAGGAUUAUUUCUGAUGAUCAGAAUUCAACUGAAUGUCUCAAGCAACUGAACCAGGAAAUUGCAUUGCUUAGUGAACUGUCUCAUCCAAAUAUUGUUCGAUAUUAUGGAAGCAAAAUGGUAGAAGAUAAACUGUCAGUCUACUUGCAGUAUGUUUCUGGGGGUUCAAUCCAAAAAUUGCUUAAUGAAUAUGGUCCAUUUGCGGAACCUGUUAUUCGAAGUUACACAAAGCAGAUUCUUUCUGGUUUAGCAUAUUUACACAAAAGGAAUACAGUGCACAGGGACAUUAAAGGCGCAAACAUACUAGUAGAUCCUAAUGGUGAAAUUAAGCUUGUUGACUUUGGCAUGGCCAAACAUACGAAAUCGGGUUCUUCAAUGCUUUCUUUUAAAGGAAGUCCUUACUGGAUGGCACCGGAGGUUAUAAUGAACACUAGUAGCUAUAAUCUUGCUGUUGAUAUAUGGAGCCUAGGAUGCACCAUUCUUGAGAUGGCAACAUCAAAACCUCCAUGGAGCCAGUAUGAGGGGGUGGCCGCAAUAUUUAAAAUUGCAAAUAGCAGUGAGAAUCCUGAACUUCCCAAUUACUUGUCAGAAGAUGCCCAGAAUUUUGUAAAACUUUGCUUGCAGAGGGAUCCAUCUGCACGUCCCACUGCUGUGCAACUGCUAAAUCAUCCCUUCAUCCAAAAUCAAGAUAUAGGAGAGGUUGCAAUUGCCAACUCUAAUGGUGAAGCCUUCUCUGCAUAUGGAAGACAUCCUACGGGAUGAAGUAUCAAUCUGUGACAGCUGCUUUCUCUCUUCCUGUUACCCUCUUGAAUGUCCAGCAGGACUCAUGGUAUUAGUUCCCAGUCACCAACCCGACAAUUCUGUGAAGACCACAGAGAACAAACCAGUGCGAAGCUUGCUAAUGAACUAAGAAUGCAAAGAGUUCUCACCUAAUCACUUCAAAUAUUAAAGUUGGGAUGAAUCCACCGCUUGACUAGUAACUCAUGGUGGGAUACCUGCCAUGUUGGUGGCCAGAGCUCAAAGUUCAAACGGGUAAAAUAUGUUUAGGAUGAAUUCGUCCUCUGCUUCUUAGCCUUCCCACCAAAUGGCCAUGUCCAUGUCCAGCUAACAUCUUGAAUAAACUUGACAAGUUUUGACAAACAGAAUUGAAAGAAUUCUGACAUUGAAAAAAUGUUGUGAAUAGAUACUCCAGUUUGAAUGAUUUUGUACAAAAGAUCUGUAUAAAGGAAAAUAAAAAUGUACAUAAUUUUCUUGUA